UACAACAGUAUCCUGAAAUGGGGUCUCAGAAUGGCUGUGUUUGUUUUAAUCAUAAGCUACAAUGAACUCACACAUUUCCUAUACAGCUCUGUAAUUAAAAGUAAUGCAUUACACAGUUCUUGUGCAUACGAAAGUAUGCCAUCUAAGGCUUUCUGACCCCACUUUAUUGUUCCGGGUGUUAUGUAAAGGUGUAUUAAAAACUGACCUUUGAGUUUGCAAGGACAUGACGAGAAAGUCUCUUGACAAUGGCAUUAAAUAGUCUCAUGGAGAAAAAGACAUGAUUUUCAUCAAUUAUAAUCAUGUUUUAGUAUUUAUCAGUCUUUUCAUCCAUCUGCAACUUUCAGGUGCAGUUGGAAAAAAUCACUGUUUGACUGGUGAGCCUAUUACUCUUGACUGUCACUUCAAAGUCCCCAGCGGUACUCGGCGCGAAAACGUCUCUGUGUUGUGGCAGUUUGAGGGUAGCAGAGCCCAGCUGAAUAAAAGCACCUUGUUUGAAUUCAAGGCUGGAAAUAUAACUCAGCAUUCACUAGGAUAUGAUGUGAACGUGAAUGAAUUACUAAAGGGAAAUGCCCCACUGCAUUUGGUCUGUCCAGCUGUGACUGAUGAGGGUCGCUUCAGCUGUGUCAUUCUGGUGAAACCAGAGAACUACGCGACGACAGUCACCCUUCAUGUGUCAGCUCGACCCACUCUGUCGCUAACAGAACAUGCCACAGUGCUUAAUGGGCAGAAGACGACCUUGUCCUGUGAAAUCACAGGUUUCUAUCCUGAGCACCUGGAGAUCCAGUGGCUGAGGCAGCUUGGCCACAAGAAUGAACCUGUGGAGGUGGACGUGUGCACUGAAUCCCCUAUGCCCAACCCAGACCACACCUACAGCCAGAAGAGCCAUAUGACCAUUCAGGGGAACAAGACCGAAAACCAUGGGGCUGUUUACAUCUGUCAGAUCAAGCACAGGUCCUUCAACACGCCUCAAAGCAAAACUGUCCGACUGAGCGUUGUUGAGACGCCUCAGAACCCAGUUGUACUCAUAGCUGUAACAGUGGUGUCCAGUCUCGUCCUAGUGUCGUUAAUAUUAGGAGCAGCUGUGAUCGGGUACUUAUACCUUCACAAAGUGCCACCCAGCAUAUCUGACAUCAACACUCCCUCUGUCAUCUAUGCCAACACUCGUGCAGACAUCAAAUGCACGAUCAGCCGAGUGAACCCCAAGUAUGUGAACGUGCAGUGGUACAUGGUGCUCCCCCAUGAUCCAGGGAACCAUGACCCACCAUGGGGCGCCCUGAACACAGUCUCUCUGGAGCCCCUGGAGGGCCAGGCCCUGUUUAGUGAGUCAGGGGAGAGAAAGACCCUGUCUUUGGAGGACCUAACGGAACACUUGCGGCUUCACUCGGACGACACACGCCUGGUGUCUGUCCUCUCGCUCUGCCCAACGGUCAGCGAUGACGGAGGCAGGUACAGGUGUAUGGUGACCUACAAAGGUCAGACCUACACCAGAGAGACGACGCUGAGCGUUAAAACACAGCCAUCCUUCCUGCAAAUCUCCAGCGCACCCCAGAUCCCGGUGCUGGGACAGCAGCUGGUGCUGUGCUGCCGCAUGGAGCGCUUCUACCCGGCCCAGGUGCAGCUGGAAUGGUGGGGCCCUGGCGGGGAGCGACUCCUGGGGCCCGUGGUCCAGUACGGCCCCUUCUCCGACUACCAGGGGCUGCACAGCGUGUGGAGCACCACGGAGCUGACCAUCACCACCAUGGAGGAGGGGCUAGUGUACACGUGCCGUGCGUACCACAGCAGCUUUCCUGAGCCAGGCUACCAGGACCUCCCCUACCGCGUUAACCUGAAAGGCACUCCCCCAACAUUGAAGUUCAUCAAGUGUGACCCCGCCCGGCCUCAGGUGGGUCAGGAGUGCUCGCUGAGCCUCUGUGUGGAGGACUUCAGCCCAAACGCGCUCUCGGUCUCCUGGUUCAGGAACGGAGAGCCCGUGCCCACCGGCUUUUCACCUCCCCGUCCAGCCUGAACCCCAGCGGCCUUUUCUGCCAGUGGGCCUUCCUGAGGCUGGUGCCCACUCCACAGGACCUGGGCGCGGUCUACCUGUGCCAGGUGAGGCACAGUGCCCUGG